CGAGGAGCCGCGCGCUGAGCCGCUGCCGCCGCCGCCGCCGCCCCCCGACCCCCGCCUGCCCGGGUCUCCGCGCCAGGAGGCGGCGGCCAGGCCGAGUCCCAGCCCAGCGAGCCGGGGGGGCCCCCGACGGCGACCAGCCCGGCGAGGGACCGGAGAGCGAGAAGGACGAGGAGGAGGAGCGGCCUCUCCGGGGCCCCGGCAAUGGCGCUCGACUUCCUGGCUGGAUGCGCUGGGGGUGUGGCAGGCGUGCUGGUGGGACACCCAUUUGACACUGUCAAGGUGAGUGUCUUGUCAUAGUUUGUGUUCUGAGGCCCCCGUGGAGGUCAGACACUGGAGAGAGCCCGAGGGUCUGGCCGGCUGGAGGCCUCUUUCCAGUGACCACCUCGGGAGCGCCUGCGAGGGGUCCUGCAGGUUCCAGAAUAAAGGUGGAAUCCGGGGUCUCCGUGAUGCCUAGGCCCAGGUGGGCUCCCUCCUGGGUUUGUCCCUGCAUCUCCCAGCUGGGGCUGGACUUGGAGGUCCACCCUGGGGCUUGGCCAGCUGAGACCGAGGGGCCGAAGGGCAGGUCUCCCCUCACCCAGAGCGGGGGACACGCACACUCUUCUUACGCAGAAUUCCUCCAGACGUCUUCUUGAAAGAAAGAAAAGUUCACAGAAAAUACAGAAAGACUGACAAAUCACAACUUGUCAGUAUUUCCCAUGCACGUGAUCCUCACAGAGCGGUGUCUGUCAUUGUUGAGGAACCGAGGAGUCGUUUCCCAAGGGCUGGUGAGCACCUGGGAGGUGUCUGUGGCUCCAGAGUGGCCCGGGGGCAGGCCCUUAGUUCCUCCUCCAUAAGCCCCGCACCUAGAUUAACUGUUCCAGGUUCUCAGGCCUUCCGUUAGGAUGGAAACCAAGGAAAUCUACGUUCUCCAGUUGGAAAUUCCCAACCAGGAUUUUCCUGUUGUUGGGGUUUGAUGUCUUGAACUAGCCAAGUCGGGACCCUGCCUUGCCAGCUUCACCUGGGAGCCAGGGCGGGCUGGGAGCAGCAAGGCACUAGGCUGGACCUUGUGUCCUGCUGUAAAUGCUGAACUUGGCACCUCUUCCCAUUGGGGCAAGGGCACAGUGAAGGCAAGGUCACCAUCCUAGCUGGGUUCGAGGUGACUUCCUUCCCGUCUCCUCUUUUUUCAGGAACUCAGGUGUUCCCUGACCAAGAAAAGGACUCAUGGACUUAGGGCUGGGAUUUCCUCCAGCACAGGCAUGAGGGCCUGGCCUUACGCAUUGGCUCUGACCUUAAAAAGCUCUGUCCCUGGGCCUGGUGCAGGUCCAGGGCCCCUCCCGGCGACCUACUGAGUGACCGUGGGCCAGUCACUUUACCUCUGGGCCCAGAUGUUCGCAGCUGCAAAAUGAGGGGUUGGGCAAGGUGACUGAGGCCCUCGUGGUGCCUGGCCUCCACAGGAGAGUUCGUGUUGGUGAAACGCUGGUUCUGAAGAGCACAGUUCUCCUUCCAUCCCAUUGUAGGCCAGUUUGUGGAGGAGGUGGAAGGGCCACACGGCAGCCUGAGUUCCCGACAUGGGCCUGCCAAGAGCGAGGCCCUGGGGGAGCCUGUCCACACGACUGCCCGGCCCUGCCCAGCUGGCCGCCCCGUGAAGCCUGCCCAAGUCCGGAGCAGCCCAGGACAGCCUGGCAGUGUCCACGUUACACUGUGUUUGUAUCUUGUGGUCAUGUGUUUUAAAUGCCUCUUGAAGCCGUCCAGCCCAGAAGUACCUCCGAUUCACCUCCUCAGCCCAGCUUUGCGGAGGCCUCUCCAGGCUGUGACUCGGCUGGGGCCUGGCCAGGCCUUCUGCAGUCCCGCCUGGUCCCUCAGUCAGUCCCCACCAGGCUGGGGAGCACUUUGUCCUGGUGCCUCCACCUCUCUCAGCUCCUGAGCCGUGACCAGCAGCUCCCACAGUAAUUUGCGUGCAGGAGCCUCUCCACCCCACUGGGUUCCUGCCCCUGGGACCCCCUUACCUGGCACCUGGAGGGUGGUCUUUGAGGAAAUCCACUUGUGACCAUUUUUUUUUUUGCCACUGUGGUCCACCAGCAUCACACCUGGGCAAACCUCUCUUAAACAGCUGAGUUUUUGAUUGUGAAGGGGAGAAAACCUGCCCCUCUAAUCACCACUGUCACUCAACCCUGUGAGCCCUCUUGUCACAGCCAUGGGCUCGCACACGAUUACACUGUGCCGAGCGUGGAGCACACUCAUUUGGUUUAAUUUAAUGCUGUAUCACCAAUGGCCUCAUUUUUUUACUGGCUGUUUCCCAUUAUAAAAGUUAAACAUUCUCAUUAAAAGAAAAUUGGGAAACGGAGAAACGCAAAUUAUUUCCUUCCACCAGACACAUCCGUUUUCAAUUUGGUGCAUUGCCUUCAGAAUCCCCCUCCACCACAGUGCCCGCCGUGGGCAUGCGACAUUUUUUAAAUGUGUUUUAAUCAUCAGGUCCAUACACAUUUUUUUGGUUGGCUUCCUACUACAAAGUUAAUGUAGGUUGUAAAAAAAUUUUAACCAUAAUAGAGACAUAUAAACUAAAAAGAAAAAACAGUCCUUUAUGUAUCCUUUCCCCCAACCCUUGUUCAUGAUUUCUACUGAAAAACAGAAAUGCACACAGACCCAAAUAGAUUCCUUGCUUUUGGCAAAAGUGGGAUUUACUUCCUCGCUCGGUGAUUGUUGUUGUUUUAACUGAAAUUUAACACAUGUGGAAAAGUGCACACAUGCUAAGUGUAAAAUCGGUGAAUGAUUGUGAAGCACACGCCUGGGGGGAGCGGAACAAGGCCAGCCCCCCAAAGCCCCCGCUCCCUCCUCACAACUCCCCUCCCCUCCUCCAGCCACCCACCAUCCUAACUUCUGACAACGUGCUCCAUUUUGCCUUUUCCUGAACCUCGUCUAAUGGGACCCGUGCUCCGGAAUGUUCCAUGUCAGUCCACACUGCCUCAUGGCCGGGAUGUUCGCAGGGGCUGUCUCCAUCCAUAGCAAAGUGUAACUUUGUUGUAGAUGAGCGUAAGCCUCACCCUGGAGAGCGCUAGUAAGUACAGACCAGGUGAACCCGACGCUUCUCUUCUCUGUCCUGAACCAGCCCCGGGCCGGGACCCCACUCCACCCCGAGUUCCCUCUGGGACUAGCAGGGGACAGGGAGGGUGGGAAGUGAGCUUGGGCCCAGCUCAGUUUCUGGGUGGGGGCCCGGAUGGGGCUGGUCGAGAAAAAUCAGUCUCCUCUGGAUCAGGGGGUCUUCAUGUUGGGGUCUCCCAGCCCUGUGGGCAGCUGGGAGCCUCCUGGGCUGGUGUGUGAAUGACCACUUUUCCUGGGUCAGGUCCCUCAAUCCUCAAACAAGAUCCUGUCACCCCAAAAUGUUAAGAACCUCCACGCUAGACAUUACAAGACUGGGACCAAUGGGCCACAUUUCACCCCUAAACCUGGUCCGGAUCGCAGGGGCUCAUCCCAGACCCAGGGGUCAGGAACAAAGGGGAGAGGAGCAUCUGUGGUCCCUUGUGGGCCAGAAACAGUGUCCAACCUGCAAAGACUUAAAGAUGCUGCCUGGGGGUCCGCAAAUCCCACCCAAGGAGGGGACAGCUCCACUCACAUGCUUUCUGUUGACACAGCCUUCUUAGUGCCAGUGUCGGGGGCCGUAGGAAGAAGAAAAAUGUCCCAACAGAGACCACAGAACAUUGAAGGGAAAAGGAAAAACCUCGAAUCACAAAAACAACCUGAGCCAGAGCUCAUGGUGGUGCGGCUUCAGGUCCAGAGCAUGGAGAAGCCCCAGUACCGAGGGACCUUGCACUGCUUCCAGUCCAUCAUCAGACAGGAGAGUGUGCUGGGCCUGUACAAGGGCCUGGGCUCGCCCCUCAUGGGGCUCACCUUCAUCAACGCGCUGGUGUUCGGCGUGCAGGGCAACACCCUCCGGGCGCUGGGCCGCGACUCGCCGCUGAACCAGUUCCUGGCCGGCGCGGCGGCGGGCGCCAUCCAGUGCGUGAUCUGCUGCCCGAUGGAGCUGGCCAAGACGCGGCUGCAGCUGCAGGCCGCGGGCCCGGCGCGCACCUACCGGGGCUCGCUGGACUGCCUGGCGCAGAUCUACCGGCGGGAGGGCCUGCGCGGCGUCAACCGGGGCAUGGCGUCCACGCUGCUGCGCGAGACGCCCAGCUUCGGGGUCUACUUCCUCGCCUACGACGUGCUCACGCGGGCGCUGGGCUGCGAGCCGGGCGACCGCCUGCUGGUGCCCAAGCUGCUGCUGGCCGGCGGCACGUCGGGCAUCCUGUCCUGGCUCUCCACCUACCCCGUGGACGUGGUCAAGUCGCGGCUGCAGGCCGACGGGCUGCGGGGCGCCCCGCGCUACCGGGGCAUGCUCGACUGCGUGCGCCAGAGCUACCGCGCCGAGGGCUGGCGCGUCUUCACGCGCGGCCUGGCCUCCACGCUGCUGCGCGCCUUCCCCGUCAACGCCGCCACCUUCGCCACCGUCACCGUGGUGCUCACCUAUGCGCGCGGCGAGGAGGCCCGGCCCGAGGGCGACGCUGUGCCCGCCGCCCCUGCGGCCCCCGCGGGGCCCGCCCUGGCCCAGCCCUCCAGCCUGUGACGCCCGCCGCCGGCCCCAUGGGCCCGACCUCCCCCAGGGCCGCUUUUCAGAAACGCAACAUGGACGUACAUCGGCCCCCAGCCGCUCGCCCUGCCCAGACGCCCAGACGCCGUGGGCUGUGGGCUCCAUCAGACCUGGGUUGAAUUUCUCUCGUCCCCUGGGUGACCUUGACCACAAACUUGACCUCCUCAGUGUUCUCAGCUGUGAAAUGGGGAUCCUCAUACCCACACUGUAGUCACGACGCUCAGAGAUGGUAUCGUGCAGCGCCCAGCACUGAACCUGCUGCUGUUCCUUGGAGUCUUCCAGAAACCCAGCCGAGACCCCAGCCCUCCCUGGGGAUCCCAGCCACCACCACCACCGGGUCUCUGAUGACCUACUGAUGGGCUACCCGGUGACUCGCUGCAAGUCCUCCGCCUGGCGGAUCCCCAGGGACACUUGGCCACCUGUCGGGUCUGUGGUCUGUGUUAGGGACAGAGAGGCAGCUUGAGACGCCUCCUGGUCGUAUGACUGAAUCCUGUGCUGAAGCGCCCCAGCGAUUCCGUAUGGUGCUGCUGGGGAUGCCCCUGCUACUGCCACUCCCCCUGGAGGGUGACCCAGGACCCACUAAGAAGCCAUGGGACCUACUGGAGGCUCCGUAUUAGCCUAGGG